UCAUGGCAGCACCCGCGAUAAAAAUUAAAACGUGAAACUGUCGUUUGUAACACACAAACAGUGAGUAAACACUACGUAAUAACUAAUUAUUCUCAACCAUUUUGCAAGCACGGUUUUCCAGAGGUCACAUCCAGAUUUGUUCGAGAUGGCGUCGGGACUGGAGAGUUAUAUAAACCACACAGUUUCUGUCAUUACCAACGAUGGCCGACAGAUAGUGGGAACGUUAAAAGGUUUUGAUCAGACAAUUAAUCUGAUCCUGGAUGAGAGUCACGAGAGAGUUUACAGCAACACGGCAGGCGUGGAGCAGGUGGUACUUGGUCUUUACAUCAUCAGAGGAGACAACAUUGCGAUCAUUGGUGAAAUAGAUGACGAUACAGACAGCGCCUUGGACCUGACCAAUGUGAAAGCAGAGCCUCUCAACCCUGUUGUGCACUGACAGGUCAGCCAUGUCAAAGACUUACUGUUUUUUCAAAUGUCCUGAACUUAUAAACCGAAGACAGUGGUCGAGCGGAUUCUGUAUUAUAGCUCUUUAAAUUCCAGUCCAGGCCUGAUUCUGCACGGAGGCAACGAAGGGGAUUGCCUCCAUGCCUCCUGGUCAUUGCCACAGUGCCCUUGAAAUG